AUGUGUGAUAACAAUGACAAGGAUCAGCAGCUGGAUGAGCUCCAGCUCUCGGACGAGCAGCGAAACGUAAUCGACGCUCUUAUCAAGGAGCUGGUCAAGAUCAAAGUAGAAGAAGCAGCAGCAGCAGAGCGCCCCGCAGCACAGAGCGAGGGCGUGCCUUCCGAAGGAGGCGACACCCGGCUGGAGAGGCCGGCUGGCUCGGAAUCAAGCCCGCGACCCGAAGACCAGCCCCGAUCGCCGGCAGACGUCAGCCUCAUCAACACCCUCGCGCGGGCCUUGCAGAGGGUCAAUAUAUACCCGGAGGAUGAAUACAGGGAAGUCCCAACCCCUAAAGAAUCAAUACGUAUUAGCGCAGGGGAGGAGCCCCGGCGCUAUCUCACAAGAGCAUCAGUACUUCGCCAGAAACUAGAAGCGUACGGUUGGGUGCAAUCCGAUCGUGAUGCUAACGUCCACUAUGUACGCAACCUUCUGCCCGAUUUCAACGUGCACAGAAGCGUGUUGUUGGCGCAUUCGGAGGUCAAGACGGAAUUGGUAGAGAAGGUGAUUCUGACUGCCUUGGCGGAGACGGAGGCCGCUAGGAAGAGGGCGUCGGAGAGCGUGGGGGCGUAUGCCCUCGUCACUGGCGGUGACAACCGUGGUGGCGGGGGCGGGAACAUGGGGGAUAGGGGGAAGCCGAUAGGACAACGGAGGACGGCAGCGCGGCAACAGCAGCAACAACCGCAGCAGCCACAGCAGCAUCAGCCGUUGUUGAACCGGAGUAACCUUCCAACGACAGUCCCUCCAGUCAAGUCGUCCAAUCAGAUAUACCCCGCCAUUGAGUCGAUACACCUGCCACUACCACGAACACCCUCCCUAGGGGCUGUUGUAUCGACGACCUCCGACUUCUACUUCUCGCUCAAGCCAAGCACAAAGUCACGGUGAACUUCGAAAAGCUCUCGUGGCAAAGCUUUCGUCAGAAUGUCUGCAUGUUGCUCCUUACUGCUAACAUGCGAGAUCUUGAUCCUACCCUCCUCGGUCAAGCUCCGGAAAAAAUGGUGCCUUACGUC